AUGUACACAAACGCAAAUUACGAUGAGCUUCCUCACUGUUCCAGUUUGGAGAGAUGUGAUCGUUUGAAACAUGAAAAAGAAUUAUUAAUAGAAGAAAUCGCAAAGUUGUAUUGUCAUUUACAGUCGGCGGAGGAUGCCAUCGCAGAACACUCAACAAAGGAAGAUCUUUUGAGUCAGAAGCUCAACAGCCUUUCAGAAAUUGCGGCGGAAAGAGAUGAGCUGUUGGAUCGUCUGGACAAGGAAAUGACAUAUAAACAUAUCUUGGAAAGGUCACUAGAGGAACAAAAGUGUCGCAAUGUAGAGUUAGAAUCUAAAGCAGUGGUAUUCGAAGAUAAAGAAGCUAUGCUAAGUAACAAGGUCUAA